UUGUAAAAAAGGAUGUCCUUUCUCAUUGAUAUUUCUUUUUAUUCUUUUGCAUUCUGAUAUUUAUGAUGUUACUUCUGUCCCAUUUGUUUCCAUGUUACAUCCUGUAGAUUAACCCGAGGAGGGAAAACAACACUGAAAUUAUGCUCACAAAAGUUAAGAUGCCGCUUCCUGAUAUGAUGGCUGCAGUGCUAGCGAUGGAUGAAUCAGUAUUAGAUGUUGAUCAGGUGGAAAAUCUAAUAAAAUUUUGUCCUACUAAAGAAGAGAUGGAACUUCUCAAGGGUUACACAGGUGACAAGGAGAGCCUGGGAAAGUGUGAACAGUAUUUUAUGGAGUUGAUGAAAGUUCCUAGAGUGGAAUCAAAAUUGUGAGUGUUCUCUUUCAAGAUUCAGUUCAACUGUCAGGUUUGGUGAUAUUUUUUAUGCUUUU